UAUCUAAUUGUUUACGUGAUUUUGUUCUAAGGAUUUUAUUUUAUAAGAAUGUCUUUCCUAUUUGUAAAAAUAUAUUAUGGACCCUGCAAUACAUUUCAUAGCUGCCAACACAAACCCCAGUUGCUAAAUGGUGUUAGAGAACGUCUAAUGAAAAUGGGAUUUCGAUUGAGCAUAAUACCAGUGAACUUUAUCAACUAUUGCAUGAUUGAAAUGUGUGGACACGAAGUAUUCCGCUGUAACAUAAAACACUUGAAAUUCAACCAUUCGUAUGCGCAAGACCCAGUGUGUCAGCGGGCCGUGGAAGCUGUGAUGACAUCGGCCGCCAAGUUCCGCCACGCUCGAGCCACACUAUGGUUCUGGAGUGUGUUGAACCAUCAAAUGUUUAGAAGAACCAAAUACCAACCCAAAGACUACUGGCCGGUGGAAAUUGAUUGGACAGAACUUGCGCCAGUAAAGGAGUGUAUCGAUUGCUGUAAAAUUUUAGUAAAAUAUAAUAAUGAUGCAAAGGAAUACUCUGAUGAAGAUGACAGCACUUCCUAAUAAUCAAAUCAUAGAAUCAAUAAUCAAAACCUUCAAAUAAUG